UUGUAGAAUGUAAACAAACAAUUUACAAAGUUACAAAUGUUGAUGAUAAAAAAAACAUGACUCUCGUGCUGGAUCCACCAGGCAAUUUUGGCCAUCAUAUGCCGCCCGUAUGUCCUCAUGGGCCGACAUUGUUGUUUUACGAUAAAUCUACGAGCUAUCAUUAUUAUGCCUGUUCAGCGUCCCGGGAUCAUCAAUUCUGUCCGUUCAAAUUGUCGGCACAAAAAUGGAAACGUCUGGCCAGUUCAAAGAAUCUGAUAAAAAAUCCCGAAAGAAUAAAACCCGAUUAUCAGUAUCUGUUGAACCAUCCAGCCAGACAUGGCUACUGCCUAGACUGUUGUCGUGUGUUGAUCGCUGUGGUGAAAGAUGAGCAAGUAUUGGCCAAACACUAUGAAUAACAUGACAAAUGCAAGAAUCGUAUCGAUGACCAACAAUUCCAGGAACUCGUCGAACGGCCAUGUCGGAAUCUACUCACACCUCAAACUCGUAAUGAGAAUCUGGCACAAUAUUUCUUCUCCGCGCAGACUUUGCUGUUUAUCCGCGAUUAUCUAGUGAAGCCAUUCGGUUUCGACAAAAUACUAUGCAUUGGAUGUCCAACCGUUCACGAGCAACUGCUGUCGUUGUCCCACAAUUCAUUCCUGUUGGAUCUAGAUGCCAGAUAUCAUCAGUUCUAUGAGGCCGAUCGAUUCGCUCGAUUCAACAUGUUCAAUGGACACUUUUUCGACCAACAUGGCCUGAAAUCAUUCGAGCAGUUCAUACAACACAACAAUUCGAUUCUCAUUCUGAUUGAUCCCCCUUUCGGUGGACUCAUCGAAUGUCUAGCUCGGACCGUACACCGAAUGUGCAACCGACGGAUGACCGAAAUCUCGAUAGCACUGUUCUUUCCCUAUUUCAAUGAACACUGGAUCCGGAAGGCGUUCGAAAGUGACCAAGUUCAAAUAACCGAUUUCAUCGUUACAUACGACAAUCAUACGAAAUACGGCAGCCGACAAUCAUCGAAACCGUCCACCGUGGCUCAAUCACCGGUUCGUAUGUUCACCAAUUUGAAUCUGGCCAAUUUCAGCGCCAUCGAUCCCGACCAAUAUCGAUGGUGUGACCAAUGUUCGCGGACAAUAUUUCUAAACAAUCGCCAUUGCAACCGAUGUGGACAAUGUCCCGCAAGAGACUCGACAAAACCAAUAUGGCAUUGUGUCCACUGUGGACGAUGUGCGAAAAUAACCUCAUCGCAUUGUAAUCGAUGUAAUUCAUGUCAUUUGCCCAAUAAACACAUUAAUAAUAAAAUAAUCAAUAAACAAUAAACAAUAAAACAAUUCUCAUGUGA